UCAAGGACUACGUGGACAAUUUAAGGGACGUACGCCGGCCAUAAAUAAACAGGAAGGACUAGAAUUUUGCAGACCACGAAAGAAACAUGGGGAAAGGACAAGAAUCUAAGACAAGAAGCGAUUCCUCUGUUGAAGUUCAGGAACGUGGAGAAAUUUUCUUCUUUUUCCGGCCAAAAGUCGGCAAGGAAGAAGCGCAUGACACGGACGACGUGCAGCGACUGUACAUAGUUCUCCGUCCGGAGUCCGGCGAGCGGGCUGUGGAAGUGAAGCAAGAACCGAGCUCCGGGAAGGAAGGAGCGGAGCUGGGUGCCCACACCGACGAUGAGAAACCGACCCGCGAUAUCACGUCGGAGAAGGAGGAUAAGUCCCACAUCGAGGGCGGACAUGGGUGCCAAGAAGUCGACAUUGAAAAGCAGCCGUUGCUCCGGUUCAUCGUCAUGGGGAAGAAGAUUCUUCCAGACCCGACCAAGAAAUCCAACCACCGUCCACACUGGGGUUUCGUGGAAAUGGUGACUACCAAGAUCGACGACGUGAAAGCGGCGCUCAAAGGCGAAGAGUACGACACUUCAACCAGAGGUCACCGGACGGUGGCUCCGGCGAGGGCCGCCGGAGAGGGAGUUUAUCUCAUUCUGAGGCAUAAUCCAGGGAAGAAAAUGCACACACAUCUAGUUUACAAGCUCGAAUUCCCCCCAGCAGACGAGAAAAACCAGCCACAAGAAGAGUUAAACAUAAAGAGAGAAGCUUCAUUCUUGAUACAAAUCAAGAACCCAGAACAACGUGGGACUGGGGAGUUCAGAGGGCUGCAGAGUAAAAGGAAGGCCAUUUUCCCUGCCCAUUUGCAGGCUGCAAUUGGGCAGCUGAGGUACCAUCCCGCCGACCCACCGGACUAUUUGAACUACGAAGGGUGUGAGUUCCUGCUGAUUCCUGCUUCCGAUAACAUCGAUGAUGAACUGGGAUUGGAGCUGAAGACAGAAGUGGAGGGUGAAACAGCCCAUGAUGAGUCCUGUUCCGAUUUGAUCACAACUUUCGGGGAGACUGCUUCCAUCAAUCCCCUUCUCAAAGGCACCUGGGCUUAACACAAAUUCUCUACUAGUUCUAAGCAUACUAGCAUUAGGCGCCAGUCGGGCGAUAGCCCUUCUAGGGUGGACUAGCUUCUAAAGGGUCCAGGGGACCUAUAAAAAUGCAUGUGUAGAUCUAUGUCAUAUAUUAUAUGUAUAUCUAGCUUCUAAGGGGUUUAGGCUGUGUCUUAAGGGGCCUAUAAAAAAAUAGUGCAUGUGUAGAUCUAUGUCAUAUAUUAUAUGUAUAUCUCUUACUUUUCUUAAAUUAACUCUGUUGAGUUACUCGGCUGAGUUAGGCUCUAGGCGUGCGCCUAGGGGCGCUCAGUGCUACCUAGACGGCCGAUUUUUGGAACAGUGAACUUUCAAGUAUUAGUAUCUUAGAUUAGAUCAGUGUGUUGUCUUCUUGUACAUAAAACCAGCAACAAGUAUGUAUGUUUUAGUGUGUUGUCUUCUUGUACAUAAAACCAGCAACAAGUAUGUAUGUUUUA